AUUUUGCUAUUAAAGACUUGUACUGUCCUUUGUUUACAGCAUCAAGGAUUUGCAUAAAUGCUAGUCUUUAAAGUUAUUCAUUUUGAUAUUUAUUUAUAAAAGAUGGAAGAACGCAUAUUCAUUUAGAAGAAAGUCAAAACCGAUUCUGAGCUCUGUCAAGAGUAUGACAAAGGCUCUGUUAUGCUAUAAACAGUAACCGCAGCUCUUCUGUUCCAUGAUCGAUGUGGUGGUUUUGAACACUUCAGUAGUUUACGAAAUGACCCAGAGUGGAGGAAAAUAUGAUUUCUAUAUUGGUCUCGUGUUGGCUAUGAGCUCCAGCAUUUUCAUUGGAGGGAGUUUCAUCCUAAAAAAGAAGGGUCUCCUCCGACUGGCCAGGAAGGGCUCCAUGAGAGCAGGUCAAGGUGGUCAUGCAUAUCUUAAAGAGUGGCUGUGGUGGGCUGGACUUCUGUCAAUGGGAGCUGGUGAAGUAGCUAACUUUGCUGCUUAUGCAUUUGCACCAGCUACAUUAGUGACUCCAUUGGGAGCUCUCAGUGUUCUUGUAAGUGCCAUUCUUUCAUCUUAUUUUUUAAAUGAAAAACUUAAUCUGCAUGGAAAAAUUGGAUGUUUGUUAAGUAUAUUGGGGUCAACUGUGAUGGUCAUUCAUGCUCCACAAGAAGAGGAGGUAGAAACUUUGAAUGAAAUGUCCCACAAGCUAGGAGAUCCAGGUUUUGUGGUUUUUGCAACACUUGUCUUCAUUGUGUCCUUAAUACUGAUAUUUGUGGUAGGACCUCGCCAUGGACAGAGCAACAUUCUUGUGUACAUAACAAUCUGCUCUGUCAUUGGAGCAUUGUCAGUCUCCUGUGUGAAAGGCUUGGGCAUCACUAUCAAAGAACUUAUUGCAGGAAAACCUGUGCUAAAACAUCCUUUGUCCUGGAUUCUGCUGCUAAGUCUUAUCGUUUGUGUGAGCACACAGAUCAACUAUUUAAACAGAGCUCUGGAUAUAUUCAACACUUCCAUAGUGACUCCAAUAUAUUAUGUAUUCUUUACAACAUCUGUUUUAACUUGUUCUGCUAUUCUUUUCAAGGAGUGGCAACAUAUGUCUGCCGCUGACAUUAUUGGCACCUUCAGUGGUUUUCUCACAAUCAUUGUGGGGAUCUUUUUAUUGCAUGCCUUUAAAGAUGUAAAUUUCACUCUAGCAAAUCUGCCUGUCUCCUUGCGGAAAGAUGACAGAGCAGUCAAUGGCACUCUGCCAACCACAUAUGAAUGCUUUAAUCAUGAUGAAGAAAGCUCAACCUGCGUAGGUGAAAUACAAUCCAGUGAGAAUGUCCCGUCUAGGAGAAAUGGAAGUCUGGCAGCAUUCUGAAAAUGUGUUAAGAACAAUUCUGUAACUUUUGUUUUGCUGUAAAAUGUUUGAAUUUGGAAGCAGAUGAUGUACUUGAACAAUAUGUAAAGACAAUCGUAAAUUUUUAGGUUUGAUUAGUUUGGACCAAGAAUAGUGAUGGAGUUUUAAUUUGCCUUAUUUUUACUUUAAAAAGACACACUGCAGUGACCUCAGUACAUGGUUUGGUUUUGUUGCUCUUAAGUUAUCUGUGUAAACUUGUAAAUAUUUUUAAUUUGAAUUUUCCAUUUUAAAAACUUAUUGCACUAAUAACAAUUUUAACUAUAUCAAAAAUAAAUUGCUUUAAUUUUG